GAAUGUGUGUGAAGAAAGGCAACAUGCAUUUACAACAGGAAUUUCUAGUUAGGCCAAGUUCAGUCACAGCCACUGAUUUGGACUAAAACGUUAUGGGCACCAACCAAGGAGAACAUCAUCAAAGACUUCUCUAGACUCAAGAGCCUUCCACGUUCUGCAUUGUGAGCAUCUUCUACCACUCCGAAUUGGACCAGUCUUCAAAGGAAAGACAAUGGUAUUUUAUCCCCUGCAAAUUGCUGGGCUGGUUCUUGGGUUCCUUGGCAUGGUGGGGACUCUUACCACAACCCUUCUGCCUCAGUGGAGAGUAUCAGCAUUUGUUGGCAGCAACAUUAUUGUCUUUGAGAGGCUCUGGGAAGGCCUCUGGAUGAACUGCAUCCGACAAGCCAGGGUCAGGUUGCAAUGCAAGUUCUAUAGUUCCUUGUUGGCUCUUCCACCUGCCCUGGAAACAGCCCGGGCACUCAUGUGUUUGGCUGUUGCUCUCUCCUUGAUUGCCCUACUUAUUGGCAUCUGUGGCAUGAAGCAGGUCCAGUGCACAGGCUCUAAUGAGAGGGCUAAAGUAUACCUUCUGGGAACUUCGGGAGUCCUCUUCAUCCUGACGGGCAUCUUCGUUCUGAUUCCAGUGAGCUGGACAGCCAAUAUAAUCAUCAGAGAUUUCUACAACCCAGCCAUUCACAUAGGUCAGAAACGAGAGCUGGGAGCAGCACUUUUCCUCGGCUGGACGAGCGCUGCUGUCCUCUUCAUUGGAGGGGGUCUGCUUUGUGGAUUCUGCUGCUGCAACAGAAAGAAGCAAAGGCUCAGAUAUCCGGUGCCUGCAUACUGUGUGCCACACACAGAUAAGCGAAGAAACAUGGCAACACUUAGUAAGACCUCCACCAGUUAUGUCUAAUGCCUGCUUUCACCUCCAAGUAUGGACUAUGGCCAAUGUGUUUUAGAAAGUCCUGCCAGAAACUGUAAGUAUGUUCAGGCAGGAGAACUUGCUUUACGACUACAUUUAAAUUGAUAUGAAAGUUUCAAUUUGUUACUGGUGGUAGGAAUGAAAAUGACUUACUUGGAAAUUCUGACUUCAGGUGUAUUAAAUGUAUUUGCUAUUGUUGCACUCAAUCCGUGCUCCAAUUUUCAUAUUCCAAAGUCAAAUAUUCCCAUCAUCAUUAGCAGGUGUACAAUGAUGGACUACUCCUUCUUGACCAUCAUGUAUUAUCGGAUAAGAAUCUAAAGUUGAAAUUGAUAAUCCAUAACAAUAAAACAUAUAUCUAUUCUAAAAACCUAUUAUUUUUCCUCUACAUUGUUUCUUAUACUACAGACUAACAACUAAGUAAUGAUCAUUUUAAAAUGAUUGUCAUGAAAAAUUGUAAAUAUCAAAUAAUGAUUUUCAUUGGAUUUGUCAAAAUAUGAAAAUGUUCAUCUAAUAAAAGGCUUUGUUCAUCAGACACUUUAGUGAAAAGGGAGCUCUGAUUUCUCUUAGGACAAUUAAGAAGACAGAUUUUAAGGUCUCUAAUUAAUACAGUUAAAUUCAGCUAGAAUUUUUGUUUAAAGAAAAAUAAUUUAUAAAUGAAAAAUAAUAUUUUUUCAUAGCCUAUUAUCUGCACCUCAAGCAAACAGAAGCAUCUACCUUGAUAAGGCACAUCAAUAGAAGGCUAUUAACACUCAAUUCUUAUCUAGAGUUUAUAUGAUCCCAAUUAGAGAAUUGCAGUUUGGGCGUUGAAAGGAAUGGUUUCUAUUCUUUGUUUUAUUCCUUAGUCACUGCACAGGUAUAAGCAUGCUAAGCAAUUCGAAGAAUCAAGGUUAUGAUUCAGGCAAGUAAUCAGGCUAAGAUAAAAUACCUCUUUUGUAUUAUCUAGUAAACAAAUAGGUAUGGUGAAGGUAUUUUGUUUUGCUUGAAGUACAUGCGUUAUUUUCUCAAUUUUUUUUUCCCAUGUAUACGUAUCAAUAUCAGGGUUAAAAGUGUGGUGGGCCAGGUGGGGUGAGAGAGUGGGGAGUGUUUACGAGGCAAGGUCACCCCUGUGGGUUGCUUCUGAAUAACUCUUGGAUCUUAUGAGUCAAUCAUAGUUUAUAAGUUCAGUUUUAACUCUUCAAAUAUUGUGCUUAUUUUGUAAUAAACUUGUAUUUGAUUUUGAGUAUAUAAUUGCAAUGAGAAGCUUAAAUUUAUUCACCAAAUAUUUA